GCCAGCGGAGCCGAGCUGAGCUGAGCCUAGCCCAGCUAAGCCCAGCUCAGCUAAACCCAGCCUGCAGCGCUCACCACCCCCUUCCCUGCCCCGCUGCAGCCGCCACCGGCAGAACUGACAUCUUCUACAUCAGCUGCAAAAAAAAAAAAAAAAAAAAAUGGAAACCAUGCAUGAGCUGAUCCCCUUCGCCAGAGAAAUGCUCAGCCAGAAGCCCAACAGGAAGAUGGUGAAGCUGUACGUGCUGGGCAGCGUGCUGGCCUUCCUCGGCGUGGUGAUCGGCCUGGUGGAGACGGUGUGCAGCCCCUUCACCUCGGAAGGGAGGCUAGAGGAGGAGGAGGAGGAGAAGACACCUGCCCCGAGGAGAGAGCAGAUGCUUGCCCAGAAACAGGAGGAUUUGAUCUUGGAAAAGAGCAAGAAGCCGGGGGCGAUGCCGCGGGCCCUGGUGACCCGGCAGCACGCGUCCUGAGAGCCCGCAGCCCAGCGCGAGAGACUCCGCUGCCCUGUGCCAGCCCGGGGUGGUGCCAGCAAGGAGAGAGAAGGGGCUGAAGGAGGAGACCGCAAGUGCAAGACUUGAAAGAAGCGAACGGUUUUAUUUGCUGCUGUGCAGCAGUGGGGAAAAAAUACCUUUUUGUUGGUAUAAACACGUGCAAGAUGCACAGCACGGUUUCUUAUUUUUAUUACAGAUGCAUUUUACAACAUUUUGCAAAAUCAAUAAAUAUUUUAUAUGGUA